ACAAAUGAUCGCUUGCUUUGUAAGGAAGGCAGAUCAUGUCCUCCAAUGUUUCUCCACAGACCUGACUUAAACUUGUCUUCUCACACAAAACGUCUCCCACUGAGAUAGCUCAGAGUGGGUCACAAUAAUGAUUAACACAAUGGAGUGCGUAGCAGACGCACAGAGCCUAAUCUCAAUUUCUCUUAUGAAGAUCCACAACUCCCGAACCCAGAGAGGGGGAAUCAAGCUGCACAAGAACCUGCUGGUGUCUUAUGUCCUAAGGAACGCCAGGCAGGUCUACAUCAAGGAGAAGUACGCGGAGAUCUACAGGAUGCAACAGUACGAGGAGGUGAUGACAGUCUGCAAUGAGAUACAAGAACUGAACCCACUCGAGCUGGACGCGGAGGACACAGAGGACGAGGACCUGACCAGGGCUGCGUGCUGUGGAGAGGACUUUCACAGAGGCAGCAUCAAGGAGCCGGAGCCUGCGUACUACCGGAGCUGUUGUAUGGAGGCUCCCCUUCCGUCUCCGUGUGACCAGCUCCCUGUCAACAUCAACACGCACUGUAACAAAACAACUGUCCUGGACCUGGACACGCACGUUGUGACCACUGUGGAUAACGGCUUCAUCCAUCAGGACUGUUGCUGCGACGCGUUCCAGUGUGCGCAAAGCGCACAGUCUCCUGCUAAAAAGAGGAAGAUGGACUUCGGGUACUGUGCGUCUGAUUUAGAUGAACUGCAAGACUUUGCUACAUCUAGAAAGAGACUGAAGCGAGAAGACUGUGUAUACUCGUGCCAGGACUUCACAGACACUUCUAACAUCUCCAAUUUGAUAUCCAUCUUUGGAUCGGGGUUUUCUGGGCUGCUAAGCAGACAAGCGGACUUGGAGCAGAUCUGUAGCAAGCAAGCACUGGCUGGUCUAGGCGCAUGGACUCGGGCGAUAGUGGCAUUUUGAUCACUUUACAGUUGUGGGGACCUGGUUCAGUUGUAACACUCCACUCAUUCGUACAACGUGAAAACAACAGCCUUAAGGUUGCUGAUGCCAUUAAAGUAGGCUACACCAUUAUAGCUGCUACUACGUCGAAGUAGCCAAAAAAGGUGUUUUGUUGCCCGCCAGAAUUUGUGCAGCUAUUACGGAAAGCGCAAUGAGAACAUUCGUGAAAUAAAAACACAAUGUUAUUCAAGUAUUACACGACAGCUGAACAACGAACAGCAUUUUGGUUCGUAGUAGCACAUGUCACCGGGUUAAUUGUUACGCACAAAUCUGUCAUGGGUUGGGUCCACGACUGAAAGACCAAGCACUUGUCAAUAGAGUAACUGGCCUAUUUGUUUUCACAUAUUCACAUUUUCAGUAGACAAGAGUUACCAUUAAUCUAUUAGGGUCUUGUCUCAUCUGUGUUCCAUUUUGUAUUCAGGUUAUGUGACAUCACUCUUAAUCAUUUCUCACCAAUGGAGGACGUGGGGCGUUACAACUGAACCUCUUUCUAACUUUAAAUCAGAAUUACUUUAUUUUUGCAGAAUAUAUUUAAAAACAAACCGUCUAAUGACAAUGGUCUGUGAUAUGUGGAGAUCUCCUGUUUACAUGUAGGCCGAAUACACUUAAUGGAGAUGGAGAGGAUGGAAAAGUUGCCUUAAUAUUAAUGCACACUACAGCUAGCUAUUGUCAUGAAUUGAAAGUACAAUGAAAGUGACUGAAUGUCUCGUUUGCUCCUGUUCCUUCGGGGUAUUGCACAUUCAAAACUGUUGUUCUGUGAAACCUGUCCCUGCUAAAAAAAAAAAAAAAAAAAAAAAAAAACUGAAAAAAAGAAAAAAACACACACACACACACACAAACAAACUUUGUAGGUUCACUGUCCUCAUUGAAUCAGUGCCGUUCUGUUCAUGUAUUUGUCACUAUGCCUCCCCCCAGUGUUCACUCUCUCAAACGCUCAACACUACUUUAGAACUCCAACCUGUCCUGUUUUUUUUUUUUUUUUUGAAAUUGUCCUUUUGUUUUAAAAAGGAAAUCUCAUUAUUUAGCCAUACUCUAAAGAGAUCCAUGCAUUAGCUUUAUGAGCACUAUGUGUACCAAAAUAAAGAGAGUAUUCAGCCAUUCUCUAUAUUCUUGUUAUUCAUGUAUUUUUGUGCCCAACAAAUUGUAUAUCACCGGGUAAAACUGUUGCUGAGAAAUAUUUGUUAAAAAUUUAUAAUCUUAAUAAAAAAAAAAAGAAAAGAAAAGAAAAAAGGUUUUUGUUCAUCAUUU